CCGAUCGAUGGAAAUCGAUGGGGGUCCACCUCCAUUCUGCGGCGUCGCUGUCGACGAUUCCUAUGACAAAAGUGAGCAGCACGAAUACGAUGAAGUCGACGAUUCGCCCGACUCGACGAGCCUACCGCUUCCAUCAGCAUCAAGAAGUCGGUCGGUGACUCCUGUGAAGGAUAUGGCUGCCGGACAUGAAGCUGUUCCAGAAGCAUCUGAUAAUAAUGAAAAGGGAGAUACGAUGACGACUGCAUUAUCACAGGACGAAUUUACGGGAUUUCAAAAUUCGGAAAUACAGAAAGAAGAAGACGAUGACGACGAUGAGUGGGGAGAUUUUGGAGAAGCCGUUGUUGCUGCUGCACCAAUUCAGGCGAGACCUCAAUCGCCGCCUCCAUCGUUGAAAAUGGAUGGUUUCAAUAACGAAGACGACGAUGAUGAUGACGAUUGGGGAGCAUUUGAUCAGGCUCGGCCUUCAACAGAUCGGACUGAAAGUAGCCCGAAUUCGUCUCGAUCUCAGGAAGCGCGCCACCAACAAUCGCUGGAUGAAUGGGGAGCAUUUGAGAAUUCGAACGAUUUGAAAGCAAAUGGUGAUGAAUGGCAAGCUGAAUUCAGUUCAGCUUCGGAUGUUCCACCACCACCUUCGGAUACUGUACUAGAAAAUUUGGAGCUCCUGGAUGAAAUGCUCGAGAAUGUCGAAUUUUGGCAUGACGGAUUUCAAGAAGAAUGUCGUGAAGAAGAGGAGUCACCUGAAAUGGAUGUAGUCGAUAUUCCGGCUCUUUUCGAUUCGGAGAAUCUUGUAGAAAUGGUGAAUAGCUUUGAAGUGGAAAGGCAACGAGAUUCACGAUUAUGGUUAUCUCUGCGUCUUGUCGAAGAGGCGAUCUCACUGAAAUUUGAUUGGAAUAACUCGGAAAUUCGAAAAAAUCAUCUAAAAUCAUUGAAAAUUAACCCGGUAACCGCCAAAAAAGAGCCCCGAGCCAUGAACUCGUUCUUCGAUACUUCAAAUCUACUACUUCCAACACCAAUUCAAGCCACCACUACGUCAUCAUCAACAGAAUCAUCGCAUGAUUCCUCGGCCACGGCCACCAAUCCAAAGACAUCAUCCUCAUCACCACCGUCGUCUGUCAUCGAUUCGCCGUCGGUUCCCGCAGUGGACUUUGACUGGGAUACGUCUGGACUCACGAAUCCGAUGAACCGAGCCAAUCAAAGUUCGGCAAUCAUCGAUGUAGACUUCUUGGGUAGCAACGGUGUCGCGACGGCCUACACGAGCACUUUGCAGAAAGAUUUGGAACAUUUUGGGCUUACAAAUGGCUCAAAAGCCCCGUCUGCUAGUAAUGGACCGAACAUAUUUGAAACGAUAAUGUCCACUGGCUCAUCAUCCACGAAUAAUGGCCACCACUACCGUUCCACUGAAGUUCUUUCACUGGACGCACAGAAGCUUCUCGAAAAGCUCCCCGAUCUACAGUAUCUUCAAUCGGGUGUUUUAAUGUUUCCGAUUGGAACUAAUCUUCCACACUAGAACUUUUAUUUCAUCCCUUAAUCAUCAUCAUUUCCUAUUGCAACCGGUUAUUUUUUCUAAUUCUUUCCCCCACUUUCAGCAGCAUAUCCGACUAGAAUUAGUGUUUUUUCUUCAGUUCUCGAUUAUUAUUUAGCAUCAAAUGUUUAUUUGAAAUUCCCUUCCCACCCCCUCUCUCCCGCUGGCCACUUGUGAUAUAAUUCAACUAAUUGUGAUAAUUCUUUUUUUUACUUGAUUAUAAAAAGCUUUAUUUG